UAAGGUACUGUAAUUCCUCUAAUGUUGUUUCCAUUAAUUUUCACUUAAUUCAUCAAUCUCAACAUGGAACCAGUUUCAAAAAACCCUAGAACAACAAAAUCUUCAAGAUACUCGUCAAAAUCCAAAAACCCUAACAAAAAUUCAACCCCAAAUUCCAAACCCAAUGAAUUCCCAUCUCAUCUUGACACCCCAAACGUAUCAUCAACAGCUAGAACCCUUUGCAAUCUUCUCACCCGAACAUCACCUCAGGAUAUCGAUAAUGCGUUAUCGUCAUCCGGGAUUCAUCCUUCUGAAGAAUGUGUCCAUGAGGUUUUGAAACUUUCUUAUAACUAUCCGUCGUCGGCCAUCAAGUUCUUUAGGUGGGCUGGGCGUUUGAGAAAACACUCAGCACACGCCUGGAACUUGAUGGUUGAUUUGCUGGGCCGGAACCAGCUUUUUGAACCUAUGUGGGAUGCUGUUAGGACUAUGAAACAGGAAGGUGUGCUGUCAUUGCCCACCUUUGUUUCGGUUUUUCAAAGUUAUUGUAUGGCCGGUAGGGUUAAUGAGGCUGUUAUGAGUUUUGAUGUGAUGGAUAAGUAUGAUAUUGACAAGAAUGUUGUCGCGGUUAAUUCUUUGCUUAGCGCGAUUUGUAGAGAAGAGAAUCAAACUUCGGUAGGUGUGGAGUUUUUGGAGAAAAAGGUUACGGGAAAGGAUGAAGGGAAGAUUGAGUUGGAUGGGGAUAGUUAUGCCAUAUUGCUUGAAGGGUGGGAGAAGGAAGGGAAUGCUACUAAAGCUAAAACUACUUUUGGCGAGAUGGUGAUCCGUGUUGGUUGGAGUCAAGAUAAUGUAGCAGCUUACGACGCGUUUUUGAUGACGUUACUUCGGGCUUUGCAGUUUGAUGAGGUCGUGGGGUUUCUUAAAGUUAUGAAGGACCACGACUGCUUUCCAGGUUUGAAAUUCUUUACCAAUGCUCUUGAUGUGCUUGUUAAGCGUAACGAUGCUGCCCAUGCCAUCCCUUUGUGGGAUGUCAUGGUUGUUAGUGGAUUAUUGCCUAACUUGAUCAUGUAUAAUGCCAUGAUUGGGUUGCUUUGCAACAAUGACGAGAUUGAUCAUGCGUUUCGCCUGCUCGAUGAGAUGGUUCUACAUGGCGCUUUUCCCGAUUCUUUGACUUAUAACAUGAUUUUUGAGUGCUUAGUGAAGAACAAAAAAGUUCGUGAAACGGAGAGGUUUUUUGCUGAGAUGAUCAAGAAUGAGUGGUUGCCCACAACUUCUAAUUGUGCUGUAGCCAUUGAAAUGUUGUUUAAUUGUGAUGACCCUGAUGCAGCACUUGAGAUUUGGAGUUACAUGGUUGAAACUCGUGUUAGGGUGCUUGAUGUGAGUGCGAACAUGGUGCUUAUUGGUCUUUGCAAAUUGAAAAGACUGUCAGAGGUUAGAAGGUUUGCUGAAGAAAUGCUUGAUAAAAGGAUCUCCAUAUAUGAUUCUACAAUGAACAAGUUGAAGGAAGCAUUCUACAAAGAGAGUAGAAGUUCAAGUGCAAGAGACAAAUUUGAUGCUAUUUACAGGAGAUGGAAAGCGCAUGUCAAGUUGUAAUCUAGAAAAUGUUUUCUUUCUUUUGUGUUUUACAAUAGUUUUACACUUCAUCUUUGGUGCCUCUUGCGUCAGUGCUCUGCUUUUGCUUGUUCCUGACUUGGCUUCUGAAAACAAUAUUCAACAAAUUUUAUCAUUCCAACUCCAUGGUAGCCUUUCCUUGACAAACUUUUGUCGCACCGGGUUUCUUUUUUGGACAAUUCAUUGCUUUCUCUUUAUAACAAAUUAUUUUGAUA